AUGGAGUUUGUGAACUCUUCUAAUCCCCCUUAUUUUAACCUCACCAUGUUUGUGAGCAUAGGCAACUAUCGCUACCUAACAUUUGUCCUUUGUCUCUUGUUGUAUGCUUUCAUCAUCAUGGCCAAUCUUGUCAUAAUCGUGGUGAUAGCGCGAGAGAAAUCUCUACACGAGCCCAUGUAUAUUUUUAUUGUGUGUCUUUCUAUUAACUCUCUGUACGGCUCUGCUGGCUUCUUCUUCAGGUUUCUCAGAGACCUCCUGUCUGAUACUCAUCUGAUCCCACGAUCAGCUUGUUUCCUGCAGACCUAUGCCAUUUACACCUAUGCAUCCUAUGAGCUCACGCUGUUAGGCAUUAUGGCUUAUGAUCGGUAUGUCGCAGUGUGUCAACCUUUACAUUACCACAGCAAAAUAACCUCAAAGCUGGUGUCUAAACUGGUUGCCUUUGCAUGGAUAUACCCAGCCUUUUCUGUUGCAUUGUGUGUGUAUCUGGCCUCCAGACUUCCACUAUGUGGCAAUAAGAUACCUAAGGUUUUCUGUGCCAACUGGCCUAUUGUUAAACUGUCAUGCAUCAAUACUACCAUUAAUAACCUUAUUGGCAUGCUUGUGUCCACGAGCACAGUCUUCCUGCCCCUGGCUUUUGUCUUGUACACAUAUAUCCGGAUUAUUCUCGUUUGUAGGAAACGCUCUGCAGAGUUCAAAAGCAAAGUAAUACAAAGCUGUCUGCCACACAUUAUCACGUUCGUCAAUUAUUCCAUCACUGUGUUUUGUGAUGUCGCUCUUAGCAGAAUGAAUCUUGAAGAGCUUAAUCCAUUUCUGGCAAUAUUUUUAUCACUUGAGUUUGUCGUGAUUCCUCCCAUUGUGAAUCCUCUGGUGUAUGGCCUGAAGUUACCAGAGAUUAGAAAAUGUAUUUUUAGUAUGUUAUCAUUCUCCAAACCUGUCAAACAAAGAAGGUGCAUGUGCUGUGGCCCCAUCUAG